AUGGCAAAGGAACGUACUCCAUUAGAAUAUUUAAUUGGAGGAGCAUUUGGAGGUUUAUCUGUAGUACUCGUUGGUCAUCCAUUUGACACAAUUAAAGUACAAUUACAAAUGUCACCAGGUAUAUACAAGGGUAUGUUUCACGUAGCUAGGACUCUCAUUGCAAGGGAAGGACCAUUUAGUUUGUACAAGGGUAUAACAGCACCUUUGGCAGUCGUCAUUCCUUUCUCGGCUAUCGGAUUUUUUUCUUUUGGUGCCGGAAAAUUACUUAUUUCACAACCAGGACAAACUAGAUUCACGGGACUGCAAAUAUUAAUCUCAGGAAUGUUUAGUGGAGCUUGUACGACAAUUGUAGCUGCUCCUGGUGAACGUAUAAAGUGUCUACUUCAAGCACAAGAUAAAGGACCAAAGAAGUACAAAGGUUUCUUAGAUUGUGCUCAAAAAUUAUUGAUAGAAGGUGGAAUAAGAAAUCUUUAUUUGGGUACCUGUGCCACUUUGUUAAGAGAUAUGCCAUCCUGUGCUACGUAUUUUUAUUGUUACGAACGUAUCAUGGAAUUUCUUUUAGGAAAUUCAACAGAAAUAACAUGGCAACCUCUAUUGGCUGGUGGUACGGCAGGAAUAGCAACCUGGCUCGUUAGUUUACCUGCUGAUUCAAUUAAGACACGAAUACAAAUUUCUCCAAUGGGAACUUAUCCACGAGGUGUUAGAUCUGUUUUUCCAAUAAUAAUGAAAGAAGGAGGUAUUCUAGGACUUUAUCGUGGUGUGGUACCUGUCCUGAUACGUGCAUUUAUUGCAAACGCCGCUUGUUUCUACAGUCUUGAACUUACAUUUAAUAUUAUGGAUAAAUACAUGUCGUGA